AUGGCUUUGAGAUUGUACACCACCGCUGUAGGUCCACCAAGCAGAGCUGUUUUAUUAUGUGAGAAAGCAAUUGGUUUAAAUUUAGAACACAUCGAAAUUAAUUUGCUGCAAGGAGAUCAUAUGAGUCCCGAAUUAGUGAAGAUGAACCCACAACAUACAAUUCCCACUUUAACGGAUGACGAUAUCGUGAUAUGGGAUAGCCACGCGAUUAUGGCAUAUCUCGUAGGCAAAUAUGGUGGAGACUGCGAAUCCCUCUAUCCGAAAGAUUUAGCGCAGAGAUCUUUAGUGGAUCAAAGGCUCCAUUUCGAUUCUGGCUGCAUCUUCUAUUUAGUAAGAAGAAUUGGGGAGGGUAUCAUGUGUAAAGAUUCAAUAACGCCUGAUGAGACAUGCAAAUCCCUUGCCCAUCGUAACUAUCAAUUUCUCGAUGAUUUCUUGAUCGACAAAGAUUGGGUCUGCGGAAAUUCUAUCACAAUAGCCGAUUUCAGUUUAAUAUCUUCGGUUACUACAUUGGAUCUGUUAGUUCCUAUCGGGGACACUUAUCCUAAUAUCACAGCGUGGCUCGGUCGAGCGGAAGAAUUAAGUUAUUACGAUGUAAAUAGAAGCGGAUUAGAGAAAUUCAAAGAGUUUAUAGAAAUUAUAUCAACAAGUUAA